CGGUUUGUGCGCUUAUACAUCCCACGCCGCACGUACACGCACAACGCUGCUUGCCAGUAAAAGAAAGACGGAGGGAGAAGGGAAGAGGAGAUGGAGGUAGAAGUGGUGUUUCCGCAGAUCUGUGGGGCUUUCUAUAAGGCUACCAUUGUGGAUUUGCAGGUGGAAGAACAGAAGGCCCUCCUCUCCUUCGAAGACAACUGGAAACCAGACUCAUGGGCCGAACUGGAUCACAUCCGCUUUCUCCCAGACAUUCCAACCAGCAGUUUCAUCAAACCAGGCUCAAAAGUGGAGGCUCUCCUUCCCCACCAGGACAACGAGCCUCCAGGAUGGUGGAACGGAACACUUCUCAAGUCCAAAGGAGAGCUACAUGUGGUGGAAUUCCAAUCAGGCAACGAGAAAUACCAAGACAUUGUUGACCAGGACAAGAUAAGACCACCCAACAACAAAGAGCCGCUAUCCAAAUGUCAGUUUGUCAGUCAGGAAUAUUCCGUACCAGAAGAUCUCCAGUCAUUCUGUGAUAAACCAGCCAUUCAUGAAAACUUUCGCAAGAGGAUCGGCGCUGUGUGUGUCCAUUACUCCAUGGACAAAGGGAGCCUUGUGGUCCAGGCCAGCAGUGAAGAGUCGAUGGACAAAGCGUCUCUACUGAUAGACAUGCAUCUGAGAGACCUGAGGACCCACAAGCAACUCAUGGAUAGAGCCGAUGCCGUUGCACAAAGAGAACAUCAGCAGCAGCGAAGGCAGCUGGACUCCGGAGUAUACGAGCAGCAGUAUACAUUGGUCCAGCGACCUGGUCGGACUGGCCAUCGGUCGCGACGGGCACAACUGAACGGGUCCGGAAACUGGACGGAUCCUGUCGGUCGAGUUUGAGGACUACAAUCAGAUGUUCAGAGUGAGAGCCAAGACUCCAGAGGUGCUAACACGAAGGGCAAAGGAGCUGCUGAGAUUGUCAGAAAGACGGUCAUGAUCCCAAGACCUCGCUGGCAGAGUGAUAGGCAAAAGAGUCACGUGAUUCAGAAAUUCUGGAGAAAAUCUGGAGUUAGAACAUCCGUGUCCUUGGCGACGACGAAUCCUCCAGCAAAGACAGUGCCUCCUCCUCUUCCGAGUCUUCUCCUCUUCUCUGAGGUUCCGUUUGACUUCAUUGUCGAAAAGCUGCAGUGGAGAAUGCAUGCUGCUCAUGUUUUGAGUACCCAUCUGGAUCCACUUGAAGAAUUUGGAGACAAUACUUCACAGUCGGCGGUGAGUUUGACCGCCCAAUCAACGGAUGGA